UGCCCAACAAAAGCAUCGCCUCGGCCCAUGGAACGAUUUGGAACUCGAUCGGAUCAAGUGGAGGCCUUCUUGUUAUCCAGCUGAAUUGUGAAAUACAACGUGAAAUGCACUCUGGAUCCAACCUACAGACAGCCUAAGCCAUGCUCAACAUGAAUUUCCGGCCCAUUGUUCAAGCCCUUCGUCCAAAGUUGCGAGUCGAGUAAAAGUGCACAAACAACCUGCCACUGUCCAACAACAACACAGCAGGUUAUGGUGCUGAUGAGUAACAGUGAAUGAGUGAAGUGGCAUUAUGGGUAAUUGCUUGUCAAGCCAAAGCCCGGCCGCUGCUGCGGCAGCUAAAUCAGACAGCAGUAACAGCUUCAAAGGGUCUGUCAGAUCUCCGAUGGGAUUCUCUCGCCAGAGAAUUCCUGCCGAGUUCCUCGAUGGAUUUCCAAGUUCCAAUGACAUGGCAUACCCUGUCAACAACCGUGGGAUAGCCACCAUCGUGACUCAGCCUAAAGGUGAGGGAAGAUCCAUGACGCUUCCGGGGAACAAAUUCAGCAUUAGCUUUGAUGAUAAUUUGUUGGGGCGUAAGCGGAUAUCCCGUGGGGGCACCAUGGAUUCCUCGAGGGACAGAUCUCAGUUUCAAAGUGAGGAAAGAUUGAUUGGAGGCCGAGACGCGUCGAUCGUGCUGAGUGUCCAAAAGUCCCAGACCUCGAUAAUGUCGAGUUCCUCUGGGGGUGUUCGAAGGCCUCAUCAUCGCCUGGCAUCUGUGUCUUGUAGUCAAUUGCCCUUGGGAAAAGCCGAUAAAGGUUCUCAGACGAAGCAGAGUGUGCUCUUGGAAUCUCGAGCAGAGUCUUGUGGGAAAAUUGAGUCCAACCAUCCCAAUGCAGCUUCCUGUAUUAAUUCCUCAAGGACCCAGCCAAACAACAAAGAUAUCCAAGAUGAAUCCAAGCUUGUAUCCUUGUCUGAUUUAAGGAGUAGUAGCUCAGCUGGAACCGCAAGAACCACUGCAACCAUUGGGAGUCAACCACUUGCCAAUCCGACCAUCAAUUCAUCAAAGGCCAAUCUCACCAAGGACCAAGAGCGACCACUACCUGUGCACAUCCUCAAACAAACCAUAAAAGCACAAGUCAAUCAAAGUGAAGCCAUAAAUCAGACUCGACCUAGUCCCGGAAUCAAGAACAAUAGAAGUAGCCAAUCUUUCGUUGGGCCGGAAAAGUCCGAUCCAAAUGGGCUUGACAAGUCGCUCAAGUUGAAAACUUCACCAAUUUUGGAGACGAACUUGGAUGAAGACAACGUGAACGUUGGCCUGGCACAAAGGGUUCCAGCACCAGUGGGAUCCACAAACUCUCCUCCAUUGUUGACCUCCUCGGCCAAACUUGGCCCAAAUGACGACUUGAUUGUGUCCCCAAGUGAAUCCCAAGUCUCCACGAGCUCCUCAUUGGGACCAUUGGCCAGGAACGACAGCUUCACCAGAGCCAUUGAGGAAGGAACCGCCAAGGAACCACCAAAAACGACGAACCCAACAAGCCCUGUGGGCUCAGGUGGAUCGAGUGAGGGAUCUUUGGAGUUGGACUCCGACUCUACAGCGAGUUGGUUCGAGGCCGGUCAUAUUGAUUCCUUGGAUUUGGACGAGUUCAGAUCUUCCCUACGUCGUCUUUCGGUUUUACCCGAGGAGAGUGAAGAGAGCGAGGUUCCCUCGUCCAUAGCCUCUCCAGUUCAAACCCCCGAGGAGGACGACAAGGGUGUUCUGCUCUUUACCCCAACCCUCUCGGAUCCUCGGCGAGGCUCAUUCAAGUGGAACAGUUCCAAAUCCAAGCCGAGCUCCCAUUCCUUGGAUCACCACUUGGAUGAGAGUAACAAGUCUAAAGGGUCCAAGCGUUUGUCCAGACACAUUUCUGAUCCUUUGGUUUUGUCCGGCACAAUGGGUGCGGCCAAAGGUCUGACUCUACCGGAGGAAGGCACCCUGGACAAAUUGUCCUUGUCCAUGAAAUUGGCUCGUUCCACCUCUCGUCCCUUGGUCAUGACUUCGAAUAACUCGCUGCAAUCGAAUAAUACAGAAAACACAGCUGUGCCUUGUAGUCCAUCGGAACUCGAAGAUAUCGAGGAAAUCGAUAAGGACGCUCCUUCACUGCCCUCGUCGGAUGAUGACGAAUUCAAGGAGUUCGAAGAAGCCUUCUCGUCUCCCAAGUCUCCGGACGCUCUAAGUAGUUCAAUUUACGAGUCUCCCCUAUCCUCGAUGAUGGAAUAUGAGUCUCCGAUCUCGUCGCCAUCGUACUAUGCAACUCCCUUGGGCUCAUCACCUUGGACCUCACCGCAAACCUCAUUCAAAUGUCCGUCACCUUCGUCUCCCUCGAGAAAGACCAUGACUAUAACCAGUUCUCCUUUCCCGGAACACCAGAUCCCGAUCAAUGUUCCCGAUUCAUUCCUGAACGUGCCGACCUUGGCUGUGAUGAGCAAUUGCAAACGAUCUCAGUCCUUGAAAGUCCGUCCAAACGGGGGUUUAAGACCGGGGAGGAACUUGCUCCAAUCUUCCAGAGCUUUCGAUCUUGGUGACGGGGACGUUGAUGAUCUCCCACCCAGUGAUAUAUCCAGUUCAAAACCUGCCCAAUUCGGGCCACCAUGGGCUUCCAAGAAUGGGGCAAGUGAUCCCGCAAGAGUGCAGGUCUCCUCGCCCGAAUCACCUUUUCAAGCCAAGGCUGUGUUGAUGAGAAGAGCUUGUUCCGUUCCCAGUGAGACCCAUACCAAUAUAGGAAUCCCAUCGCUUGUUCAUACUCAAAACCCGGCCCAAGAGAAUGUCCCCGAGAGAGACCAAUGUGCUAAACCUAAUGAAGUGCAAAGCCCAAGCAUAAUCCCAGAGAAAAAUCCCACUAAUAAGAACGGUUUUUCAUCGGAGGGAACAACCGUUCCUUCAAAAAAACCUGAGGAUAAACCCAAUCGAGUGCCAUCAUCUCAACCAAGGGCAGAGGGACAAGAAAACCAGAAGCAUUUCACUCCAGAUGGUCGAACUGCAGAUAUCGUAAAAGACGAAAAAGGCCAGGAGGCUGCGUGGCCAUCGUCUCAAAUCCAAGGAGAUUGCCAAAGUGCAAGAAAAGGAAGUGUGAGAAGGUCUGAUAAGGAGAGCCAAAACGAGAAAAACGGCGACAUUCAGGAGACUAAGGACGAACACGGCAAAGUCCAGAGGAAGCAAUUGCAGCAGACAAACCAGGGCCAAGCAGCUCCUUUGGGAGAUAGAGAAAUCGGGAACCAACUCGACAAGCACGAGGAAGACCUCGGAAGCGAAGGUGGUUCCGAGAAAACUAUGUCAUCACUAGCGGGAUCCUCGUUUCAACGAAGUGUCGCUUUUGAUCUGACGAUCUCCGACGAGCGACACUCAUCCUCAAGUUCCUCCUCAUCGAGUAGUGAGGAUGGAGAGCAUGGCGAACACACCAGGGAGGAACAAAAAGUCUUGGAGAAAGUUGAGACUCCCACCAAAGGAGGGGACAUCCAAGUGGACCCAGGCCAUUCCCUCGGAAACAACGGGGAUUAUUGUGUCAAGAUUGGAAUCAAUAAAAGUGCCACGAUCGAUGACAAAUCGAAACUCACGCCCUCCGAACACGAACCAAAGGUUCUUGAAGAACCCGUACCCGAUGAUGAUCAAACAAACAUGACAAAUGACGAGUGUUCGACAAGUUUGCCCACAACUCCCACGAAACCCAAAGGAAUCUUGAAACCCUCGUCCAACUCAGAGGCACUUCGGAAUUCCUCAUUUCCCAGCCUUCCCGAGACAUUCUUGCUCAAACUGGGGGUCAAUCUCAUUCCAUCGGACUUGAGGAGCUUCAGUACCGACAGCUUGUCCGACCAGGAUAUUGAGAGCAAGUUCACGGCCUUAUCGCUGGCCUUCAAUACGGACAAAUUGACCUUGAAUGAUCGUCUCGAGCUUCAGCAGCGCCAACGCGACACGGCCGAGAAGAACAUCGACGAGGACAUUCGCCAGCUUAAAACCGCCAUUGGGAGCCUGAAUAAGGUUUGCACGGAUGCGGAAACCCGCGAAAUGCUUCAUCGGCUUCAAAAGCAAGUGGAUGUCUUCCGUCAUUCCUCGGAGCGAGUUUCCUCGUCGGCCGAAGUCUACGGGGCCGUUCAGCAAGAGGCCAGAAUUUCGCGGGCCAUUGAGAUCAUGCUUCAUCAUGUGGACAACCUCAAACGCAUUUAUGAGCGAGAACAUGCAGAGCUUCAAGACGCAAAGAAAAUCCUGGCCGACAAUAAUUUGUCGAUUGCUGCCUCCAAUUCACUCUUGGGGGCGGGUGGAGGUCUGUCCGGAGAGGCUGGUCCCAACAACUCAUCCAACAAAGCCAAUUCCAAUCGUAUGCGGUCCAUUUCUGUCAUUAACCCAAGUGGAACAGCAGUCACAUUUGGACCUGGAACUAAUGGUGCCAGCUCGGGUUCUCCCAAACUGAGGCGUGCUAGUGUGGGCGUGCCCCCCGCGUCCGCCCUCAGAUCUCCCAAUCCCAAUCGUCGAAAUGUUGUCGAAUCAGGACAAUUGUUGCCCUCAUUUCAAAAGGCUAUUCGCAAACAAGCCACCACCGUUGGACCGGCUCGAAAGACCUCAAGUUCUGGGGGACUUCGAAUGUAUGGCGCUGAAGGUCGAGAAAGCUGCUUCAGCACAAUUUCUGAACAUGGCGAGGUUACUUCCGGUGGGAAGUUUAACGAUUCCUUCGAAAGCCGCGUGGCUGGACAAUUUGCACAGAAUGAGGGAUUUAGAGGCGAUUCCAACAACAAUAAUAAUAAUAAUAACCAUCAUGUGGCCAAUGGUGAUAUCUUGAAGAAGAGCGACGACUUCAAUGCCAUUCCCGAAUAUGGGGCUCGAAAUCGAAGAUCCGACCGAGUAAGGUCAACUUCGCUAAUAGAGCCCGUGAAGGAGGAGGAGGAGGACGCCAUUUUGGAAGAAAUCGACACCUUGGCCCUGAAACGGGAUUCAUCCCCAGCUCCCCACGCGUUCCGAAGAGUAAGGGAGCUCCCUUGGCUUUCAUAUUUGAGAACGUUGAGGCAAUAUUUUCGACACUUUAUGGAAUUGUAUGAAGAAUUCACUUGGCCUUGGGAUUGGGAUGAGACUAUUUUAGGCGUGCGCUACGCCAUCACCGGAGUUCUACUUUUUGCGGCAUUUAUAUCCCUAGUUUUUACCUUCUUUGGCGGAGGAGGGUCUGUGAAGGUCACAGAUGCAACAUGAGCAUCUUGAUGCUCGACAGUGAACAGAAGAUCCCAAAUCUGUGAUAAUUGAGCAAGUUUCUUGGCGAAAUGUAUUGAUUGUGCGCCUCGGAGGACGUCUGGGUUCAAGGAAAUCAAGCCAAACGUGCCAUUGUUCAUUGUCCACUCGUUGAUUGUGAUAUAAAUAAUCAUCAUGAAAGCAAUGAUACUAAUGAUAAUAAAAGUUAUGAUGUUAAA